UGUCAUACAACAAAAAAAUAUUGUGUCUCGUUGAUCAAAUUUUGAGUGGUGUGGGAGAGAAGCGAUUAUUUCUUUCACUCCGUGAAGUUGAAAGUAGUGAACACAUAUGCCAAGUGAUCGAGGAAUUGGAGCGAACGAAUCAUUUUGAGGGGAGAUUUCUACUCACGUUAUCUGCCAUUGUUCAAGAAUUUAUGUCAACAGACAGUUGCUGUGAAAUGUCGGAGUUAUGGGUCAUGCUAGCGUUAUUAUUCUGCUUCACUACUGUGCCACCGAGUUUCGCAACUGGGCCUAUAUAUUCUUCGCAAAGCAAGAGUACUUCGAGUGUCUUACUCAGCACCUUCGUCAAAGUGGAGUCUGAUGAAAAAGAGUUUUCGUCCUUCUUUACUGUACCGAAAUGGACUACAACAACCUUGCCCUCGAAAACAAAGAAACAAUCAGGGAUUUACUCAUCGCACAACAAUGAAGCAAACGGGCGUUUGUCUCCUGAAACAAUUCAACCAAUCUUGUCUUCGUUAUCAAAAGUUGUUACCGCUCCGUCAAGGACAAAUUUACCCACAUACGGUACAGUUCUUAAAAACAUUUCAUCAAAGGAUCGCGCGGAAAAAUUUUCUUCGUUUAAAAACCUGAAUGGAUUUUCCAGUGUGGGUGAAAAUAUGUCAGCAGUAUCAUUGAAGCCUGCCGUCACCAUUCCGGAAAUUGCUACAACCACAUCCCGAGUUAAUUUUUUCCCUUCUACGUCUGAAAUGAAGAAAUAUUUGGAUUCCUCUCAAACAGGGGAUUAUUCUAAUGGAGAUAACCCCUCGCGUUUAUCGGAUUUACAAAGUAGAAAACUCAUCGAUCAAACAGCUCAUUUUUCAAACGAAAAUUCUAUUUUGGGACAUUAUAACAAUAGUGGCAUCUCUGUCGGCGGAAGCAGAUUGUUUACAAAAGGAUCGCUUUCGUUAACAAAGCAGAAUAUUAGAUCUUCCCUUCUUCAAAGCUCCUUAAGAAUGGAUAUCAAAACCACACAAUCACACAUCCUUAAAAGUGCUCCGAGCCCUUUAUUUUCUGUAAAAGUCAGUGCUUUGUUGACUCACGCAACGAGAACAUGUGACACCAAUAUGAUAACUGCAUCCGUAAGAGCACUCUCGUCCUCUCACGGAAUGCCGAAGGUUACUACAGCGAGUAAAAUCGCCAGUGAAAAUAAUUUAUCUCAGAUAAGUUCCUCGCCAUCAAGCACACCUCAGAUGACGGCCAGUUUUUGGGAGCAUUCCCCAGCUGAAAAAGAGAAUUUUACUUUCACUUCAAUAGUAAAACCUUCUAUUUGGAGUAGAGAAAGAAACCGUACUCCUCAUACAUCAGGUGCUGCGACGGCUUUUUCGGAAACUCCAUCAUUGAAACACUCUGUCUCUAGCGAUGCAAACUAUAUGUUUACUCUAAUUGAUGAAAGUGAAUCCCUGUUAUUAAAGAUCCGUUACACAGAGGAGUUUUCCAGCCGAGUUUCUUCUUCAACUUUGCGCGUUAUACGUAGUAAUACUUCACAUUCCUCUGCAAGAGACAUUCCUUUGAUUCCUUUUCAUAAAACUUUCCUUUCCGCUCCACACGAAACGACAACCACUUCCUUAGACUCACCUUCAAUUUCCUCAUCAAAAGCUCAGGCGAUGACGGAAAAGCGAGCGACACAGUCCAGUGUUCAAUCUGCAGAUUUGACUUUAUCUUCGACCCCUCGAGAGAAUUUCUUCAAAGCCAGCCCGUCGCAACGACCACAUAUUUUGAGAAUUAGCCAAGAGAGUGUGAACUUCUCUACAAUUAUGCAGGAAAGAGACUUUGCCUCCUUAUCCAGGAACCAGGUAGCUCCCUCCUCUUCCCAAAAUAAAGCCUCUCAACAUGGCACAGACCUUUCGACGUCUUCAUUCUCGAAAAUACAGAGCAGUCCGGUGGUAUGGCAAAGAAAAAGUCCAUCUCCUACCUCUGUUGCUUACUCAGGUACUACCACUACCCUUUCUACGUCCACUUCAAGGACUGCUCAGAAUAUCCAGUCCUCAAGUCUGAGGCCAGAAAAACGUUUUACACCUUUAUCAUCGACAGUCCAGAGCAGCUCGAUGCUGCAUUAUAAAAGAAAUUUAGUAACCACUGUUAGCUUCACCAAGAGUCAUAUGUCCAGCAGUACCUCAACAACUGUCCACCAAAUCCGUUCCUCCUCUCAGAUGCUCGAUUUUCAAAGCACCAAGAUUAGAUUUUUGAACAGUAGUUCGAAGAUCAUACAUCAGAAACGCUCCACGUCUUCGCAACACAUUGUAAAGCUACGUGAUACAGUUCUGCAAACUUCAAAUCCUUCUUUCACGAGGACAAGCUCAAGGAUAUCAAAGACAAAAGAUUCCUCUACCACUCCUAUUCGCAGCCAGGGACGCCUCUCUGCAAGUAUCUCCUCUACUUCCUCUUGGAAGGCUGUUAUGCCGACGAGACAAGUAGCACCUUCUUCCCCAGUCCAAAGAGGUCGCGGUUUUGGAAAUGUAAGCCUUACAACCCUUCCGAUCUCACUUACGAUAAGCAAAGAAACUGAACAUUACACAAUCUCCUCCUCUUCCUCAUUAAGCAAAUUACCUUUGACAAGAAAAAUUAUUCCAUCAUUCUCGAGCUUGAAUAUCCCCUCAGUUUCUCGGAGGAAAAGUUCUCCUUUUGCUGGUAUGAGCCAUUCCACCCCUCGGAUCGUUGGUCUGACGAUAUCCUCCGAAAAUGGACAAGGGAUUCUUUCUUCUUCCACUUUGAGCCCAUUUGCAUCGACAUCAUUUCCGUUAUUUCCUGGCACAAAAGGUCUCUCUCGACCGUCUUCUAGGAGAAGUUCUGUUCACAAACUCGCUAGUAGCUCCACUACCAUUCAGACUCAAAUUUCAGCGAGCGUGUCAUGGGAUGCGAGUAAAAUGCUUCCCUCUUCUUCAAAACUUUCAUCGCCCUCUACAGAAAGUCCUCUUCCUGUAAACUCUCACAUGAAGAGCUUCUCCCAAGUACCAGAAGUGGACCGUUCGACCUCAUCCAAAGAUCAGAACAGCAUCUCAUUCCCCAAGUCCAUCGCGAAAACAUAUAUCGAUAAAAGCAAGUUGCAGACCUCCCCUUCACCGAUGUCAACUACCUUAUUAGAGAGAGAAAUACCCUUUGGAACAAUUGUUCCCUUUCCUGGUGAAAGCUCGAAAACCUAUAAAGCAACCAAAACAGACGCAGUGCUCCCAACUCGUACGAGACCAUCCACGGAUACAGUAGCCACAGCGCCUGCGAACAUUUCCACAGAAUCUCCGUCAGCAGUAUCAACAAAUUUCGGUCAAAUUAGGCUCCUUAUCAUAGUUGCCAUCAUUCCAAGCGUUCUCUUGUGCGCUUUUUUCAGCGCCUUCCUUUUAUUUCGCCGUAGUCGCAAGCGCAGAAAUAAAUCUGUGUACUCCAUAAAGUUAGAAUAUGCAGACGAGAACAGCGGAUUUCGAAAACGAUGCGUGAACAGUCGGUUGGACUUGAGCCUAAAAGGAAUUCACAUUGACUUAGAGUUUCCAUACGACUGUGAGCGUCGCGGGAGCUAUGUACGGGACAGUUAUUCCCGCGGAUCCGCCUUGAGCGAGACUCAGAUGCGGGAAUUGCAAAUUUUAUCUCAAGAAUGUAAGGAGAAUAUGGAAUGGAUCAGCGAGGUGAUUGCCAGAGAGAUGGAGGCCUCUAUAAGUGGUCGCAAUCUGCCUGUAACCCGAGAUAGCGUUUACUCUCUGAAGGAAAGAGAGAAUUUUGAACCGAGCGAAAAAUUACGGAGUAUAGUACGAAGGGAGUCUUCUAAAAGAGGACGAGAAACAGUCAAGUGGAAGAUUCCAGUUGUACAGCGGCGAGAUUCGGAGGAUUUCGAUCAAAGGGACUCUAUGUGCACGGACGACACGACACUUGAGUGGAAAGAUGGGCAAAGAUCGACACUGCGAAACUGCGGAGAAAAUGGAAAAAACAUUUGUUCAAAGUCGAAUCACGCUCUGCAGGAUUGUGCAGAUGAGGAUAAUUUAGACAAAGGAUUUAAAGUCCAGACAUCGAACGAAACAUUUGACAAUAAUGAAACCCGAGAAAACGGUAAAAAAGAGAACAAUGUUGUUGAAAGUAAGCCACCAAUUGUCGAUUUCAAUCUUAAAAAGGACGAUAUACCUCGAGAAAAACGUUCUUCUUCGCGACCAAAGAGAUUUGAAACAUUGUAAAUGACAUAUACGUCCUCAGUAGAAUAGUUCAAAGUAGCGGUUCGAGAUAAACUUUCUUGAUAGAAAAAGCUGUUAAGUUCUAUCCGUAAAUUCAAGUGUACUAGCUCGAGCUCGCUGGAAGCUUUUCAUUUGACCCUUCCGUCAGUUCAAGAAAAUUUUUUAAACCGUCAGAAAUAGAUUAAGUUGGAGGUAAUGCUACUUAUUCUAUCAAAAUGUCUAGUUCUGACGCGAU